CAAAUUUAUCAACAAGUUAAAAUUUAAGCAAGUUUGAAUUCAAAAAAAAUUCAAAAAUCAACACAAAUAUGGCUAGCCAAUCUUUCUCUUUUGUUGCUAGAGGCACAUCUAAUUUUAAAGUUUUUCAGACUAUUACUCGAAAAUAUAUUCACUCUGGAUCAGGCUCGACCACUCAAGAUGCAGCAAGCGCAGCCAAACGAGGUCUCAAUGAGGCUAUGAGGACCGGCGAAAACCUGAAAAAUCAGGCCGCCUCCACCACAGAAAACAUUGCUGAUCGUACAAAGGACACCACACACGGCAUGGCAAAUAAAGCAAAGCAAGCAGCGGAAGGAGCUUGGGAAUCAGCUAAGGAAACAGCCCAAAAGUCUAAAGAAAAUGUGUUUAGCAAGACUGAUGAAGCCAAGGAAACCGUCAAAGAGACCGCCAAACGUAGCAUGAACACCAAGAACAACUCUUAAAGGACUAAUAAUUUAGGGGAUGACAAAUUCACAAUAUAUAGUUUAUGUCAUAAUAUUGAAUUAAUUGAUGUUGAAUCCCUGUACUAGCUAGGUUUUUAUCAAAUUGAUCAUAUAUAACUUGAAUAAUUUGUUU